UCCUGAAGAAAAGAGAUAAAGAAUCCAUUUUAGUUUGGGAUAAAAAAAGAAAAAAUCCUUUAUUUUUAAUGUAACCGUCUAAAGGGACGAUGAGUGUGAGUCAGGUGUAGUUUAACACUGCAGAGGAUAUAAACGCAUCACCACAUGUGAGCUGUGUCAGUGUUUAAUCUCCUGUGUGAAGGCAAGGCCGCUGAUCAUGGGGGACUGCUUACACACCUCGGCUGACAGUUUGUCUAAACUGGUGAAAUGGGCUCACAGUCACGGAACGAUCUGCACGCUGAUCCCGAGCUUGAAGCACCUGCUGACGGAAGGAGCUCACGGAAACCUGACAGCGCUGUGGGGCUGCAGCGCCGGCCACGCCUACCACUGGCCCUUAACGUCCUCGUGUAAAACGGCGCACAAGGAUCGGAUGUGUUAUGAGCGAAGCAGUCGAGGGAUCAGUUCAGAAUCUCUGAUGCAGGGAGCGGCAUCCAUGCAGAACAGCUCAGCGCAGAGGUUCCUGAGCAGCGCGGGCAAAACCAGCAAAGGUGACUCGAACCAGACCCGAGACUCGUACGACUUUUCCAACUGCAGUGAGCAGUCUGAGAUGGACGAGAACGCAGAGGAGCACCUGUUCGACAUUGUGUGCGAAUCCUCAGCCACUGACGAAGAGGGUGAUUCCGAGCCUAGGGUUCCGCCCAGAAAACGAAGCAUCCAGGGCCUGAGCUCGGACGACUCUGCUGAUCCAGGUGCAAAGAAAAUCAAGCAGGAGCGAGCUGAAGACUAUUACACAGUGGCAAAUGCGCAAGCACAAGCUGCCUCAGAGGGGGUUCCAUCGUGUAGCGUCUCACAGUCGCCCAAAGCCACCUCCCAGGUCAGACCCUCAUCCAGAUCUUCAGCACUACACAACACACAGCUCCUGGAGGAUGGAGAUCUGGUGGGCAUGUCCUCCUCACCGCUGGAGAACUCUUCCUCAUGUGUUACUAAACACACGCACACUCCGAUCAGCGGCUCUCAAAGCAGAACACACAUGAACUCACAGGUGAACACGGCGGCCAAUCAGAGCGCGGUGUCUCUAAGCCAACCGGGACGCAGUGACAUGGUGGAAGUGCUUCCUAACGGGGAUUUCAGUCUGCCCUUCGAGGAUCCCUCGGGGGUAGUGCACCCCGAAAUGGACAUUUUAGCAGCACAGAGUCUCAGCGCAGAGCCCAAAGCUGACACAGCGUAUGAGAUCGAGAGGCUGAAGGCACUUCUGCAGGUGGAAAGGAAUAAGAGCAUGAUGUUGGGAGAGACCAUCAGCAGCCUGAAGCAGGAUAAAGAGCUGCUGCAGCAGGAACUCACCAAGAAAGCUGAGCUGAUCUGCGAGUUCCUCCAGGACCAGCUCCGGCCAGAUAAGAGACGAGUUCAUCCCUCCAAUCAGAUGGAGGCAGGAAGUUCUCACCAGCUGAUCGCCUCAUUUCCUGACGAAGGUGCUCCGUUCGAGUCUCCGGCGCUGUUUGACUCGUUUGAGGAGGUCGAGGUUCAUCCUUUAGACCGACCAAGAACCAUCAAGAUCUCCUCUAAGAGGAACCGGGAUGGCGAGAACACCCGCGUCAGGAUGAAGAACGUGGUGGGCGUGAUCGCACGCUACAUGACUGCGCUGCAGGAGUUUCGCCGCAGUGUCUCAAUGAAGGUAGCCUUUGACCGAGUGGGCGUCGACCGGAACACUAUCUCCAGGACGGCGGCCAUCGCAGAGCUGAGCCUGGCCGCACCCGAGGUUUUCCACGCUCUGCCUCCAUGGGACGAGAAGGAGGAGACACUGGCGCACUACGCCGUGAGGUGCAGGCAGGCCAUGGAUGAGAACAUCAAGGCCAAGAUUAAAGCCAUGAAAGCCAAAGGAGAGCUUUUACCCAUCGUCAGCAAAUAAAACAUUAGACAAACUCUCAUGCUCCAACGCCCGCUCCCUUUCUCUGGUGUGGAGGAGCACUAAAAUUACCCCCAACUCCUACACACACACACACACACUCACGGUUUUAGUCUACCAUAUGAAUAUUUACACUACAGUAUCAGAAUAAGAUGAUGGUUUUCUGACUCGUAUAAACUUUGUGCCAGACAUGGACCAGUGCUGACACUCACAGUUUAUAGUUUUCACUGCAUGCUCCUCACACACACUCCAGAGUUUUAAAUUGAUUUUAACAGCACAUUUUAUCCUACAGUGUUUGAGUCUCAACACACAAACAAACACACACAGGGUGCUUUCAUCGGCACGUUGUAAUAAAAUAAAAAGCUGUGCUCAUUUUAAGCGUGGGUGAGAGUAGGCCUGUACCGUCCGCAGUACUAAUGAGAGAGCAGCCGUCUGACAAGACCCACGUUCGUCCAUGUUGUUCUCAUCACGGCUAACAUGUAGCCACAAAGCUAACUAGCGUUUAACACAAGGCUGAAUCCCAAAUCCCUCUGAUCAACGAGGGAUUGUACACCCUACAUAGUGCACUAGCUGUCCAUUUAACGUUUGGGAUUCGACCCCAGAACCCAGUCGUGAGCGGACCUGAUAUUCUAAAGUGGAAUAAGUGGAAAUAUAAAGUAAAUUUGGUGAGUUUCUCAGGACUGUCCACCACCUUCGUGGUUUAUUCUUUUGGCCUCACAAUAACAGUAUGAAUUUAACCCUGAUUAUAACACAGAGGAACUUUAACACUGAUGAAGGUACGAACAUGUGUGUUCCUGAGUGUCUCAGCAUCAGUUCAACAAACAAAAAACCCAAACACCUUAAAUGUCUCAUUAUGCAAAUUAUAACCCCACCUCCAAGUUUACCAGCCACACCCCCCUUCUUGUAAUAGACUGGUGCGUAUUCAAAUCUGAUUGGUUCUUUUAUUUCAUGAUCCAAUAACUGUUUUAUUUAUUUUUUUUUUUUUUGGAAAACUGAUUUUUCACCUAAUUGUGAAUUAAACUAACACAUUGGUUAAUCCAUGCUUUUAAAUUAAGGGUUCAAUCACAGAAAAUUAACUUAAUGAACAAAUAACAGUUUUUAUCUGACAGAAACAGAUGUGUGUUUUGUCAUCAAUCAAACAGCUGAGUGAAUUGCUAAAUAAGUCAAUCAAAGGAAAAUUACACGCACACAUACACUCUGUCCUGCUAUUCAACGAUGAUACAGAUGUAUAGCAGCAACUUUUGUUGACUUUUAUUUAUUUUAUAUGAAAUAUAAAACCAGUACAACCAGUAAACCCCCUCAGUCAGUGUGGAACCAGAGGAGAUUUUCAGUGUUUUAAAGCUGAUGUGGUGAUCACAUGACUAAGUUCAUUUCUGUAAAUGCCUCAAUGUCUUUAAACAGGUCUCACUUG